AGCUGACGCCGCCGCCGCCGUCCGAGCUGCACACCGGGGUCUCCCACCCCGAGGCGAGUCCUUGCUGGAGGGUGGGGUUGGGGGGUGCCCGAGACGCGGGGGAGCGCGCACCAUGAAGUCGGCGCUGUGCAGCCGCUUCUUCAUCCUCCUGCCCUGGAUCCUGAUCGUCAUCAUCAUGCUGGACGUGGAUCCCCGCAGGCCCGCGCCCCAACUCACUUCGCGCCCCUACUUCUCUCCCCACACAGUGGGCUGCGGGGGCUCCCGAGUCCCGCUCCGACGGGGCAGCCUAGGGCGUGACACUGCCGAGAAGCGCAACGAGUCCCGGCCUCCUCCGUUGCAGCCGGAGCCGCGGUUGCCCACCAUCUAUGCCAUCACGCCCACCUACAGCCGCCCGGUGCAGAAAGCCGAGCUGACCCGCCUGGCUAACACGUUCCGCCAGGUGGCGCAGCUGCACUGGAUCCUGGUGGAGGAUCGAGCCACACGCAGCGAGCUGGUGAGCAGCUUCCUGGCGCGGGCCGGGCUGCCCAACACGCACCUGCACGUGCCCACGCCGCGGCGCUACAAGCGGCCGUGGCUGCCGCGCGCCACCGAGCAGCGCAACGCGGGCCUCGCCUGGCUGCGCCAGAGGCACCAGCACCAGAGCGCGCAACCCGGGGUGCUCUUCUUCGCCGACGACGACAACACCUACAGUCUGGAGCUCUUCCAGGAGAUGAGGACCACCCGCAAAGUCUCCGUCUGGCCUGUGGGCCUAGUUGGUGGGCGACGCUAUGAACGUCCAUUGGUGAAAAAUGGCAAAGUUGUCGGCUGGUACACCGGGUGGAGAGAAGACCGGCCUUUUGCCAUCGACAUGGCAGGCUUUGCUGUGAGUCUGCAAGUCAUCUUGUCCAAUCCUAAAGCUGUAUUUAAGCGCCGUGGAUCCCAGCCAGGAAUGCAAGAAUCUGACUUUCUAAAGCAGAUAACAACAGUUGAAGAACUGGAACCAAAAGCUAGUAACUGCACCAAGGUUCUCGUGUGGCACACUCGGACAGAGAAGGUCAAUCUAGCCAAUGAGCCCAAGUCCCACCUGGACACAGUGAACAUUGAGGUGUAGCUGCCAAGACCAGCAGGUGUAGAAGGGCAAGUCUGGAGUUUAGGCUGCAGUUCAUUCAGGUAUUGUUCCUUUUUCUUCAGUCUUUCCUGGCAGCCGAUGGACAUCUGGUUAAACAGCUAACUGGAUGCUACAAAAUGUGUUGUCUUCAUUUGUUCUGCAUGUGUUCUCAAAAACGUAACUGGGAAGAUUUUUGUACAAUGAACUACAUGACACUGAAAAAAAACACUGAGUAUCUCAUGUAUUGCUGCUCCCUCCCUCCAGCCAUCUCAUAAAUGAUGGAAUAGGCUUUAGAACCUGA